UUCUGAAAUCAGAACCAUCUUGACAGUUACAGUUGUAAUGGCGGAGAAUACUUGGACAAUAACAUACACUUUGUCAAAAUUGCGCCUUUAUUUUGUAUAGCGAGAGGUUUUUCUUCACCUUUUAGUGGAACCAAGAAUCGUGCAUCCAUCACCCAGUGGUCUCAACCGUCUAGUUCAACCAGCAAGCUUGCAUUUAAAUCUCGAGUGUUUAUGAUGUUAUUUGUAUUUUUUGUGCUGAUAAGUUAAUGUAAGGACUGUGGCGAGGAAACGAGCGAUUUUUUCAGCGUCCAACCGUAAUUCCGUUAUGCCAAAAGGUGGCUGGCUUGACACCAGAUAGCUAUGGCGAACUUGAACUUUACGAGGAACAUAGGAGGUAGCAGCCUCGGACGGUCCAGCGUUAGCUUCGGAAGUAACUCUAUGUCUGGUCAUGUCACCCCCGUUUUCGGGCAGAGAGCGCCUUCCGACAGGAGAGGGAUCCCUGCCAUGGGAAAUAGUAGCCAAAUGGGUAACAUGAACUCAUUGGGAGGUUAUAGUUCCUUUAAUUCUGUGUUUGGCUCAGGAGAUACUAACACCCCGUCAUUAUUGGAUCUUAGUGAAUUUCCUUCGUUAACGAAUCGAAGUUCGGGAGAUAACGUGCCCCAACCUAGCCCCAUGCCCGGUGCUAAACCCUACGUAGGAAUGGUCAAACAACCCACGUCCGAAUCGAGUGAGUUUACUAUGUCGUCCGAAGACUUCCCCGCGCUGCCGGGGACGCAGAACCGAGAGGGGGUGUCGCCGGGGGGCAGCACGUCAGGCGACAAAACCAACUCGGGAGGGGGCGGCGACGGCUCGGCUGGAUCGAGAGAGAGUGAGAAGAACAGCGCCAAAACAGGAAUCCAAACAUCCCCCGAUGGUCGAGUGACGAACAUCCCCGCCAGCAUGGUGAACGACCAGUUCGGCAUCGUCGGUCUCUUAACGUUCAUAAGGGCGGCGGAAACGGAUCCCAACCUGGUGUCGCUAGCGUUAGGCCAGGACUUGACGGCGCUCGGACUGAAUCUCAACUCUCCAGACAACCUUUACCCAACAUUCGGAGGCCCCUGGGCGGAGUAUCCGUGUCGGCCCCAAGACAUAGACUUCCACGUUCCUCCUGAAUAUCUCAUCAACCACGCCAUCAGGGAUAAGUUGGCAUCCAUGAAGUUGAGUCGGUAUAAGGACGACCUGUUGUUUUUCAUGUUUUAUAAUAACGUCGGUGACGUGUUACAGUUGGCCGCAGCUAGUGAAUUGUACAGUAGAGAGUGGCGCUACCACACGGAAGAGAAAGUCUGGAUAACGCAGGUCCCGGGAAUGAUGCUGGCCGAAAAGACUUCCACGUACGAACGAGGAACUUACUACUUCUUCGACGCGCAGAACUGGAGGAAAGUCCCGAAAGAAUUCCACUUGGAUUACAGUAAACUCGAAGGCCGGCCUGUCAUCUCCCCGAACUUGCACAACACAUCGUGAAACGGUGUUAUUCCAUGACUUCGACCGACUAUGAAUAAAUGAAAAGUGUAUACACUAUAUAUGAGUUGUUAGUUCUUAAGGUUAAUGCGUCUAUUAAAUAAGUGACCAACUUCACUUAUUUACUAGAAUUGGAUAAGUAUUAAUUUUGAAAAAGAUUAAAAAAGUUAUAUACCUAUACAGUUUUCAUUUUAUUUGUAAAUUUACUGUACAAUAUUAAUAAAUAAUAUGAUUAACUGA